AUGAUAUUAAAGCAAAAGAAAUCUUAUACUAUCGGUGAAGAAUUACUAAAACCAUGUGUCCUAAAAGCCACGCAGAUAAUUUUAGGAGAAGAUGCAGAGCAAAAAAUUAAGUCUAUUUCUCUUUCGAAAAAUACGGUCAAGCGUAGAAUCGAUGACAUUGCAACAGACAUAAAUUGCGAUGAAUACACCGGCAACGUUAAUUGUGCACAGUUAAUAGUUUAUGUUCGUUACAUCGGCGGAGAUAACAUUCAAGAAGAUAUUUUGUACUCCCAAUCUUUGACAGCAGGUACUUCAUCUGAAGAUAUAUUUAAUUCAAUAUCAAAUGUUGUUGAAAAAAAUUAUUUGGAUUGUAAGAAACUCAUUGGACUUUGCACAAAUGGCGCACAUGCAAUGAUAGGUGUACGAUCGGGCUUAGUUAAAAAGCUCAAGGAAAAAAUCUCGUAA